GGACGGAGCUGCUGCGGUGCUGCCGCGCGCGGCCGGCCGCGGGGCUGGAAUGAAAGUAAGGCGCUCCGGAGCCCGGAGCCGCAUGGAGCGCGCGGCCGGGGCGGCGGCGCCCGGGGCAGGAUGCGGCCGCCCGUAAUUAAAUAGCAUUUACUCUUAUUAUUACUAAUAAUAAUAACGUAAUCAUACCUCUAGUCAUAGCAUACCAUUUAUCGGGCUCGGCGCAGGCCCGCGGGGAGCGCAGCCCGGCCGAGAGACUGAUGGAGAGGCAGAAACGGAAGGCGGACAUCGAGAAGGGGCUGCAGUUCAUUCAGUCAACACUACCCCUAAAACAAGAAGAGUAUGAGGCCUUCCUGCUUAAGCUGGUGCAGAACCUGUUCGCUGAGGGCAAUGACCUGUUCCGGGAGAAGGACUACAAGCAGGCCCUGGUGCAGUACAUGGAGGGGCUGAACGUGGCCGACUACGCCGCCUCUGACCAGGUGUCCCUGCCCCGCGAGCUGCUGUGCAAACUGCAUGUCAACAGGGCGGCCUGCUACUUCACCAUGGGCAUGUAUGAGAAAUCACUGGAAGACAGCGAAAAGGCACUGGGCCUGGACAGCGAGAACAUCCGGGCGCUUUUCCGCAAGGCCCGGGCCCUCAACGAGCUGGGGCGCCAUAAGGAGGCCUACGAGUGCAGCAGCCGGUGCUCCCUCGCGCUGCCGCACGACGAAAGCGUCACUCAGCUGGGUCAGGAGCUGGCUCAGAAGCUCGGGCUGCGGGUGCGGAAGGCAUAUAAGAGGCCUCGGGAAUUGGAAACCUUUUCUCUGCUCAGUAAUGGUACUGCGGCUGGUGUGGCAGAUCAGGGAAUGUCCAACGGAUUCGGAUCCAUUGAUGACAUCGAAACAGACUGCUAUGUGGACCUGCACAGCUCCCCAGCCCUGCUCCCUUCUGCUCCUGCCAUGUCUCUGUUUCCUCACAUGCUGGACCUCCUGGCCCCUCUGGACAGCAGCGGCAGGGCCAUCCCCAGCACCGAGGGCCUGGAUGACUUCUCGGAUGGGGAUGUCUUUGGUCCAGAGCUGGAUACCCUCCUGGACUCUCUGUCUCUGGUCCAGGGCGGUCUGCCUGGCAGUGGUGUGCCCAGUGAGUUGCCCCAGCUGAUACCCGUGUUCCCUGGCGGGACCCCGCUGCUGCCCCCCGUGGUGGGCGGCUCCAUCCCCGUCUCCAGCCCGCUGCCCCCUGCCUCCUUCGGCCUCGUCAUCGAUCCCUCCAAGAAGCUGGCUGCCUCAGUCCUGGACACCCUCGACGCCCCAGGCCCCGCGCUGGACCCUCUGGACCUGCUCCCCUACUCAGACACCCGGCUGGAGGCCCUGGAUACCUUCGGGUCGGUCCGAGGCUCCCUGGACAAACCUGACUCUUUCAUAGAGGAGACCAACUCACAAGACCACCGCCCCCCAAGCAGUACUCAGAAACCGGCCCCCUCGCCGGAGCCCUCCAUGCCCAACACCGCCUUGCUCAUCAAGAACCCUUUAGCUGCCACCCAUGAGUUCAAGCAGGCCUGCCAGCUGUGCUACCCCAAGACAGGCCCCAAGGCAGGCGACUAUACCUACCGAGAGGGCCUGGAGCACAAAUGUAAGCGAGACAUCCUACUGGGCCGGCUCCGGAGCUCAGAGGACCAAACCUGGAAGCGGAUCCGGCCCCGGCCCACCAAGACCAGCUUUGUGGGCUCCUACUACCUGUGCAAAGACAUGAUUAACAAGCAGGACUGUAAGUACGGAGAUAACUGCACCUUCGCCUACCAUCAGGAGGAGAUCGACGUGUGGACGGAGGAGCGGAAGGGCACCCUAAACCGCGACCUGCUCUUCGACCCACUGGGGGGCGUCAAGCGGGGCAGCCUCACCAUCGCCAAGCUCCUCAAGGAGCACCAGGGCAUCUUCACCUUCCUCUGUGAGAUCUGCUUUGACAGUAAGCCUCGGAUCAUCAGCAAGGGCACCAAGGAUUCACCAUCCGUCUGCUCUAACCUGGCUGCCAAGCACAGCUUCUACAACAACAAGUGCCUGGUGCACAUCGUCCGCUCCACCUCUCUCAAGUACUCCAAGAUCCGCCAGUUCCAGGAGCACUUCCAGUUCGACGUGUGCCGCCACGAGGUGCGUUACGGCUGCCUGCGCGAGGACAGCUGUCACUUCGCCCACAGCUUCAUCGAGCUCAAGGUCUGGCUGCUGCAGCAGUACUCAGGCAUGACUCACGAAGACAUCGUUCAGGAAUCCAAGAAAUACUGGCAGCAGAUGGAAGCACACGCAGGGAAGGCCAGCGGCAGCAUGGGUGGCCCAAGGACACAUGGGCCCAGCACCUUUGACCUGCAGAUGAAGUUUGUAUGUGGCCAGUGCUGGAGGAAUGGGCAGGUGGUAGAGCCUGACAAGGACCUCAAAUACUGCAGUGCUAAGGCCCGGCAUUGUUGGACCAAGGAACGGCGUGUCCUCCUGGUGAUGUCCAAGGCCAAGAGGAAAUGGGUGUCGGUGAGACCACUGCCGUCCAUUCGCAACUUCCCACAGCAAUACGACCUUUGUAUCCAUGCGCAGAAUGGCCGCAAGUGCCAGUACGUGGGGAACUGCUCCUUCGCACACAGCCCUGAGGAGAGGGACAUGUGGACAUUCAUGAAGGAGAAUAAGAUCCUGGACAUGCAGCAGACCUAUGACAUGUGGCUGAAAAAGCAUAACCCAGGGAAGCCCGGGGAAGGGACCCCCAUCAGCUCUCGGGAAGGGGAGAAGCAGAUCCAGAUGCCCACAGACUACGCCGACAUUAUGAUGGGGUACCACUGCUGGCUCUGCGGCAAGAACAGCAACAGCAAGAAGCAGUGGCAGCAGCACAUCCAGUCGGAGAAGCACAAGGAGAAGGUCUUCACGUCCGACAGUGAUGCCAGCGGCUGGGCCUAUCGCUUUCCUAUGGGCGAAUUCCGGCUCUGUGACAGGCUCCAGAAGGGCAAAGCCUGCCCGGACGGGGACAAGUGCCGCUGCGCCCACGGACAGGAAGAGCUCAAUGAAUGGCUGGACCGUCGUGAGGUGCUGAAGCAGAAGCUGGCCAAGGCCCGCAAGGACAUGCUUCUGUGUCCACGGGAUGAUGACUUCGGCAAAUACAACUUCCUGCUGCAAGAGGAUGGAGACACCGCUGGUGCCACCCCCGAAGCCUCUGCUGCUGCCCCUGCUGCUGCUGCCACCGCUGCCGCUGCUGCCACCACUACCACCACCACCACUGGGGAGUAGGACCAGGUUCAGCCGUGGGCAAAAUCCUGAGGUCGGGGGUGGGGGUGGGGACAGAGGGCCUGAUGGAAGGGCCAGGGCAGACCACCAGGAGUGCAGGCGGCCUCCCUCACCAGCCACCUGGGGCCCUGUCCAUCUUCUCCACCCCCAUCGCCCAGGUGCACCUGCUGCAGCCCCAAGUGGUCCCAGGAUCCUUUUCCACCCCAGGCUCCCGUGGCCAGGGAGGGAAGAGCCUGGCUGGCCCCUCUGGCUUCAGCCUACAGCUUUAAGUUUGUCUGCUCCUACAGGGGGCCCAAAGCUCAGGGCUGGGGAGCCUGGGGUCCCCACUUGAAUCUGCAGCAGGAGGGUCCUUCUCUCCCCCACCUCUUUUUUUUUUGUUCCCCCGCCCCGGGGAGAUCCAGACACAACAGAGGGCAGGAAGCCCUGAUUAGCUUUAAAAUGCAGCCCCACAAUGGAGCUUGAGUCCUGGGACCUCGAUGUCCACUCUGGUUGGAAGAGAGGAGAGGGGCUGGGCUGGAUGAUCCCUGGAGCGACUUGGGGUUCCAGGCGCUCUGGGACCACCCCACCCCAGACCUCUUUCUUGCUAGCCACUAGUAUAGUAUAGAUUGUAAAUCCUCAGCCUUCAAGAGCCGACUCAGCUCAAACCCCAUUUUGUAGAAAAGAAACCUGAGGCCUAGCCUCUGGGGAGGAGCAGUCUGCCCAGGGUCUCUAGCCUCCAGCAUGAGGCAGACAUGGCAUAUAAACCACGGCCAAAAGACUCGCGCGUUAUGGGCUGGAGUCUGGCUGGCUAGGACCCACGCAGCACCCCUGGGGUCCCUCAGGAGAGCUGGUCGUGGGUGCCAGUGGAAGGACAGUCCCCUUCCAGGGAGAGUUGUCAAGAGUGCACAGCAGAGGUACAUCCCAUGUCUGUCUGUCUAUGCAGGGAGAGGGCAGGGGUGGGCGCCCCACCUCGGGGGUGGGGGGUGGGGGGUGGGGGUCAGGACACUGGAGAGGAAGGAGACUUGACUGUGGGCUUCCUAAGCUACUCUAGGAUGGGACGGACACCACCACUCUUUCUUGGGGAAUCCAGUAAGAUCUUCCCAACCCCAGACAUGGAUAUGCCCAUUUGUCCCAGCCCCUUUCUGAUCCCCAACCCUGAAGCUGCCUGGGACCUCAGCAGACCCCCAGCCCUUGCCCCCCUCCCCCCCC